AUGGCUUCAAAUAGACCAGAGAAAAUACAACCUGUAGAUUUUAUAGAGGGAUUAUACAAGAAAAAUGUUAAGAGUGAAGAGCUAUUACAGAUAUUUGUAAAGAACAUGAACAUGUUUCAUAGUUCAAUUUAUGACAAGAAACUGUCGGACGAUUCAUUAUCGUUGCUUGUUCAUUUAAUUGCAAGGGUUUGUGAUUGUACAAAACAGAAAAGAAAUCGAGAAAUCUGUCAGCUGUUGAAUAUGCUGUCUGCAUCACCGCUGUUCAAGAACCGAAGUAAUACACUUCUUUUAGGGAAAACAUGCAAUUACUCCUGUGAUCAUAGUUUUCAAUGUUUAUUAUCUGAUUUCUUAACAAUACUUCAGGAAAUUUACCUCAGGAUACCUCGUUUGUCUACAACGCCUCAAGUUAUGAGACUUGGGGAACAUUUGAAAGAGCAAAUAAGCGAAUGUGAUGAUUUAGAAGACAAAGGGAUGAUGAUGGACAUUGUGAUGGAAACUAUGAAAGGAAUUAGGCAUAUUACUGGAGAGAGAUCAAGAGCAAAACAAGACGCUGAAGAUAAAUUUCUUCCUCCAGAUGAUUUCCGAACUGUGUCAGUCAUUCCGGAACAAAACGACAUUCUAAACAUUCCAAAGUUUCUCAGACGUAACAAAGUGUGCGGGAAAUAUAUGAAUUUAGAUCAUUAUUUAGAUGUUCAGUUUAGAUUGUACAGGGAAGACUGUGUAUCUCCUCUUAGAGAUGCUCUGCUGGAAUUCAAACAGAAAGAUAAAGCAGAUCGGAAGGAAAAUAUCAGAUUAGAACAUGGUCUACUCUACAAGAACGUAAAAGUAAUGAAACAAAUCAUUUCUAUAGACUCUGGUGAAGUAUUUGAAAUAAAACUGGACCCAGAACAUCGUAAACGUGUCAACUGGGGAAAUGGAAAGAGACUUAUAUAUGGUACUUUAUUGCUUAUUUCCUUUGAUCGUUUUAAUACGGUUUUCGUUGCUAUUGUAGCUGAAAGUGAAACGAAAAUUUUACAAAAGAAAGGUAGCUUUACUGUACAGGUAUUUAGAUAUGGAAACAAACAAAACCUACCUAGAAAUACAGAUGGUAUAAUUAUAGAAUCAAAUUCAUCGUACUUUGAGGCAUACAGACAUGUAUUAAAAGCUUUGCAGCAAAUAAGAGAAGAAACUUCCCCUUUCACUAAAUAUCUUGUUCACUGUGAGAACAAGGUCCGUUUCCUAUCGUACAUUUCAAAACAUCAUGUAUAUGAUCUCAGGCCUGUAAUCAAAAAUUGCCGGAUAGAUCUAGACAACACUAAUCGUAGAACUCUUAGAAAUACUUUUCUAAAACAGACACCAAUAAAUAUUGCAACUUUGUCUGAAGAAGACUGGCCGUCCACUGAGAUGUUGAAAAUGGACGAAUCUCAGCGGAAAGCGUUUAUUGCAGCACUUACAAAGGAAUUUGUUCUCAUACAAGGGCCACCAGGGACUGGUAAAACAUACCUUGCAUUGCAAAUUGCAAAAACAUUACUUCAUAAUACUAACAGGCUAAAUAUGAAUUCCAAGGGUAAGGACGAAAAAUAUACACGAAACGCUCGGAUAAUAGCAACAAAGCCGUAUAUGUUAGUCGUGUGUUAUACAAACCACGCGUUGGAUCAAUUCGUUCAGGGGAUUAUUGAUUUUAUGCCGGAAACCCCAUCAGGUCAUCGCUGCUUCCCCGAAAUCGUUCGAUUUGGAAGUCGAAGUAAAAAUCCCAAAUUUGAAGAGCUUUCGAUAAAAAACCUACGGAGUAGAGUUCGAUUGAAACCCCAUUUUCCUCGAGAUGAAGUACUUAAAGAAGCAUCAAAAGCUAAAAGAAAAAUAAAGGAGAUUCGGAAAACUAUCGAGGCAUUAAAGAGCAAAAAUAUUGUAUUGUGGUUCGAUGAAAUAAAAUGUGUUCUUACAAAAAAUUUUGCGAGUCAAUUUGGAGAAAAGUUUGUUUGGUUGCAGUGGCUGAAUGUGUCAGAGCAGUCCUGGUAUGAAGAAGUGAACAAGCAAUAUCAAAACCAACGAAAUGACGAAGCAAUCAAAAAUCUACUCGGUGGUUUUGCAGCUGAGCUUGAAGAGGUCGAAUUUGUUUCAUUGAUUUCGGAGAAAGAAACUGCAUAUAGCGUGCGGUACUUGGAGGUUGAUGAUGUUGACUUUUCGCUCAAUACUGAUACUAUCGGUCUCGAUCUGGACAUGCAAUACGAAAAUGAGCUGCAUAAAACAAAUAAACUUGAAAAAAAGUGUAAAUUAAUCUUGCGUUUGGAAAAAGAGAAAGCAGCAAGGGAACUACACUAUGGUAAAGCCAUGUCAGAAGGUCAAGUUAAACAAAUUAAAAGUAUCUGGAAACUUUCCAUAAAAGAUCGUUGGAAAAUGUAUAGGUAUUGGUUAAUGCAGUAUGUUAAGAUACUACACGAACAACUCCGUAAAAGCGAAAAAGAAUUCCAUGAUAUAUUUGAUGACUACAGACAUAAUAGUAUAGAAAAAGACGAAAUUAUCAUGAAACAAGCAACAGUUUUAGCGAUGACUACAACAUCUGCAGCACGAUAUAGAGAAUCCUUAAGCAAAGUUGAUCCUUUAAUCACCAUAAUUGAAGAAGCAGCAGAAGUACCAGAGGCUCACAUAGUAACUGCGAUCAGUCCAAGAUGUAAACAUUUAAUUUUGAUCGGGGACCAUAAGCAGUUGCAACCAAAACCUGCCGUGCAUGAACUUGCCAUUAAAUUCAAUUUGUCCGUUUCCUUGUUUGAACGAAUGGUUAUGAACAACUUGAGCUACUAUUGCCUUCAAAGACAACACCGAAUGAGACCAGAGAUUUCUGAACUAGUUCGCCACAUAUAUCACACUCUAUAUGACAACGAAAAUGUAUAUGAAUAUCCACCGAUUAAAGGGGUUCAUAAGAGUUUGUACUUUAUUACACAUAACAAACAGGAAGCUUUCAAGGAUGAAGGCAGAAGUUUUUCAAACGAAUACGAGGCUGAAUAUCUUAAAGAGCUUUACCUUUAUCUGCUUAAGCAAAGAUAUGAACCCUCUGAAAUAACGAUACUUACGGCUUAUGCUGGACAGACGUCCUGCUUGGAAGGAAAAUUGCCAAGCUCAAAGUUCAAAGGAGUCAAAAUUUGCGUGCUUGACAAUUAUCAAGGUGAAGAAAAUGAAAUCAUUCUUUUAUCAUUAGUGCGUAGCAAUACGACAGGCGAUAUCGGAUUCCUAAAUCGAGAAAAUAGAAUUUGCGUGGCUUUGUCUAGAGCCAAGCAAGGACUUUUCAUAAUAGGUAACAGCGAUACAUUAACAAAGAAGUCUCAACACUGGCAGACUGUAAUUGGAAAACUACAAAUGCAAGAGAAUGUCAACGACAUAAACAAAACAUCCCCUAUAUACCAAGGGAUUGGAAAGGGGUUACCAUUGUACUGUCAAAAUCAUCCAAAGAAAAAAGGAAUUCUCGCCGAGUCGCCUAGUGACUUCAAAAAAGUGAAAGAUGGAGGUUGUGAUAUUCCAUGUGAAUUUCGAUUACCAUGUGGACAUGAGUGUCGAUACGAUUGUCAUCCGUUUGACAAGGAACAUAAAACAUAUAAAUGCAAGAAACAAUGUACACUGACUUGUGUAGAAGGACAUAAAUGUUUUAAGAGAUGUCAUUAUGCUGACGAGUGUCGUUGCAGUGUAGAAAUGAAACGCGAACUAAAAUGUCACCAUACAAUUUUUCUUCAAUGCCAUGUUCACUAUUCUAAAUAUCCAUGCCCUUUUAAAGUAAGCAGAACAUUAUUAUGUGGACAUACCUCUUCAAUUGAAUGUCACGUGGACCCAAACACUGUUUUAUGCACAGUAUCUGUUGACAGAGAACUGGAGUGUGGACACACAGCACAAUUAAAUUGUCAUAUUGAUCCAAACCGACACGAGUGUGCUAUGAUCCUAACAGAAACAAGAUCAAAGUGUGGUCAUAAAUUUGAACGCAGGUGUCAUGAUGCCAAUUAUGAAAUUUUGAAUAAGUGUAAAGUUUUGAUAAACGAAAAACGAACAUCGUGUGACCAUUUGAUAGAACGGAAUUGUUUCGACACCACAUAUGAAAUGCGUAUAGACUGUAGCAUUACCGUUACAAUGAACAGGUCAUCAUGUGGUCAUGAAUAUCAAAGGCAGUGCCAUGACCGAAUGUAUGCGAUGAGUCAUAAAUGCAUUGAUAUUGUUACAGAACAGUGGUCAUCUUGUAAACAUUACUACAAAAGACAUUGUUUUGAAUCUGACUUUGUCAUGAGGCACACUUGUCAAAGUAAAACUGUUGACAAAAGAAUCGAUUGUGGUCAUGAGUUUGUAAGAACAUGUUCAGAUACGAAUUACCAACAUAAACACAAAUGCUGCGUCUACGUUGAGAAAAAUGUCCCAAAAUGUGGCCAUAAAGUAAAGCUUCCAUGCCACCAAGAUGUUUCAACGGUUAAAUGUAAAGAAAGUGUUACAAAAGUUCUAGAUUGCAAGCAUGUCAAUAGAUACGAAUGUUUCAAAAUUGAUACAAUCAAAUGUAAGGUAAAAUGCAACAAAAUAUGCAUAAAUGGCCACGUAUGUACAAAAACAUGUCAUUUCCCUACUCCCUGUGACUGCCAAGAGCUUAUAAAAACAAUUUUAGAGGGCUGUAAACACCAACAAACUAUCCCAUGUUCAAUCGAUUCUAAAGUAUAUCCUUGUAAAACAAUGGUGAAGAAAGUGCUGAAUAAAUGCCAACAUUUACAGUACAUGCAAUGCCAUAUAGACCCCGAGACAAUAAGAUGUACAUUUGCAGUCCUGAAGUCUUUACCUAAAUGCGGACACGAGGAAAUGGUUUUCUGUUCAGAAAAUCUCUCAGGCGCAAUAUGUACAAAAGAAGUUGAAAUAAAGUUAGAUAAAUGCGGACAUUCAGUUGGAAUUAAAUGCUGGCAGAAAAAAUAUAUGCCUUUACAAGAAGUAAAAUGUUUUGAGCCUACAUUACACACGCGCUCUGAUUGUGGACAUAUUACUACUAUUCCAUGUUGGGAAAUAUCAAGUCAUGACUUUACUCCUUGUCAGAAAUUAUUAGACACGACACUUUCAUGUGGUCAUGUCAUCAAAAGCGUUUGCAGUGUGGAAGAAGAAACAAUAUGUGAUAAAAGAUGUGAUAAACCAUUGUCCUGUGGACAUCCAUGCCCAGGAGUAUGCCAUGAAUGUGAUCAUAAUCAAGAUUGCUCACGACAGUGUGAAAGGGAACUCGUGUGUGGCCAUGCCUGUCCAAGUGAAGUUUCAAACCCAGCGAAAGAUGGAGUUUGA